CUUUCCCUGAAUCUGUUCGUCAUGGACUUGCCUGAUAUUUAUUUAUACUCUAGAAGAGCUACUGAGCACAUCUCCAGAAAAUGAAUGCCUGUCCGAAGAUAAUCCGAAAACGUGUUUUCACCAAGGAUUUGGAAGAUGGAGAAAUUAUGGAAGGAACUGGGACUGAGUCCCUUGUAAGAGAAUUUAAUGAUGGUUUCGAUGAGGAGCUCAUGGGCGAUGCAGAAGAUCGUGCGCGAUUGCUGCACCUCAACGAGUUCGAGCGCGAGCAGGAGUUGUAUCAGCGAUCCCUGCGGCGCGAGGAUCUCCAACGUAAGUUUGACAUCCAGUCGCAGCUCAAUAAGGACCGCGUGUCCGAGAAUUCGGAGAUCAAGGAGCGAUCACAGACGAGGCGGCAGAUCUUGGAUCACCAGAGAGCAGGCAACAAGCGAUCGAGUGCAUUCGAGCGAUUGGUGGCAGAGCGGAACAGCAAGCUUGGCAAGGACCAGGGCUCGGAGGAGGACACAGUAAAGACGGGAGGCAAAAAGGACUCCCAGACCCAGCAAAUAAAGAAGGUCAAAUUGAAAGCCACUGACAUAUACUCGGACGAUUCAUCCAGCAGCAGUAGUAGUAGCAGCGAGGAAAACACUCCGAUUCAGCCGGCAAGCAAGGACCAAGUCCCAGUGACCACUAGGGAGCAGUUGAGUCGAGCCAUUUUAACUCGGAAUCAGCUGGAGAGCUUUCUGGAUAGGCCCAACUUCGAGCAGACCAUUGUGGGCUGCUACGUGCGCAUCAAUGUGAGUGUCCAGACUGACCGCUCGAACCGUAUCUACCAGAUUUUGGGUCUGCGGGAAGCAAAAGAGGAAUAUAAACUGGGCAGAAAGCGGACUAAACAAGUCCUGCGUUUAAGAUUCGGCGCCCAGGAACAGUACUCCCUAAUGGACGUGGUCUCUAAUCAGGGCAUUACCAAUCAGGAGUUCGCUCUGUGGGUUGCAGUGUAUCAGCGUGACAUGCAGACCUUGCCCCUUCUUGCCGACAUCGCCAAGAAGCAGUUAGACGUGGAAAGGGCAUCCGAGUACUCCUUCACCGAAGGUGAGGUAGAACAGCUCCUCCAAACUAAAAUGCAGGCGGGGCAGAUGCAAGUGAGGGCCGCUUACAGAAAGAUCCGUCUGUUCAUGGAGCGAGAUAGGGCAAUCGAAUUGAACGAUUUGGAACUAGUCAAAGGUCUAGAGAAGCAGAUUCAGGAGAUCGACGAGAAUCCCAGGGCCCAAGGCGAGAAUACCCAAGAGCAGCGGACUCAGGUCGUCAGUUCACCCAGUGCCCCUGCGCCCACCAUACACCGACAUGUGCCCUUGACGACACCAGUCUCCAAAAGGUCAUUUCCGGAUCCCGCACCCAAUUCGGCGGAAUUCGAACUGGAGCAGUAUAUGCGCCGGAAAUACAAGAAGAGUGCAGUGGUGAGCCGCUGUCGAGUGGAAGUGGAAGCGGAGGAUUGGGAAGAGGUUGCUCCGGUCCCUUCUUCUGAGACAGUCAAGGAGGUGGAGGAAAUCCCAGGACUUGAUCUGUACGAGUUGCACAAUUUUAAAGUGGCAAUAGACACCAGAGCAAUGGUUCCCUUGAAUUUGAUUUUUAAGGAUGUCAAGUUUGGCAGCUCUUGAAUCAAUAGUCACUUUGAUAAAACGUGAUUACUGAACCCAUUCAAAGUGAUUAUGAAUUUUAUACGAUAAUAAAAACUA